UUUACUAGUUCCCAGAUUUUUUCAGCCAUUAUUAUUUCUUCACUAGCCUCCUAGAUUUUGUAAAAAGAAAUUGAAUUUUAAUUCAUCAUUUUAAUUAAUAUCCUCUGUGGUUAGAAUAGAAAGUGUGACACAAAAUGCCUCAGCUGCUACAUGGGACACUUAAGGUAACCAUAAGUGAAGUUGAUAGGUUGCAAACUGGAUGUAAUUUGGAUUUCUGUCGAAAGGGAACUACAAACAAGGGGAAGAGAUUUCUAGCCCAAGUCAAAGGUUGUCUGUUGUGCAGGCCUGAGGUACAUAUCUUAACCAUAUUUUUAAGCAACAUGAUUCUUCAUUUUAAUGUAAUAAUCUUCAUUAUCUUAACAUGCAAACCACUUGUUUUGAAGAUUGUUGGGACAAGACUCUAUGCAACAGUUGAUUUAGAUAAAGCAAGAGUUGGACGAACCAGAAUGAUAGGGAACCAACCCUCAAACCCGAAAUGGAAUGAGACCUUUGAAAUCUAUUGUGCUCAUUACAUAUCACACAUUGUAUUCACUGUCAAAGAUGAUAAUCCAAUUGGAGCAACUCUAAUUGGAAGAGCUUAUAUCCCUGCCGAGAAAGUUCUCAAGGGACCUAUAAUUAACAGAUGGGUUGAGAUAUUAGACGAAGAAGAUCAUCGUCCUGUACCAGGUGGUUCUAAAAUUCGUGUUAGCAUGCAAUUCUCUAGUGUCCUCGAGGACAGAAAAUGUUUAUGGUCUCAGGGAAUACAUAUGCCAUAUUUAGGAGUUUCGCGUACAUUUUUUGACCAGAGACAAGGUUGUAGUGUUACUUUUUACCAAGAUGCUCAUGUCCCUGAUAGUGUUCAUCCGUGGAUUCCGAUAUCUGGAACAAAAUAUUAUGUUCCUGGAAGAUGUUGGGAAGAUAUUUACAAUGCAAUUAUGGAUGCUAAACUCUUUAUUUACAUAACUGGUUGGUCUGUUCAUACUGAAAUAACCUUGAUUAGGGAUUCAAACAAGCCAACAGAAACUAGCACCACCCUUGGAGAAAUGCUCAAGAGAAAAGCCAAUGAAGGUGUUAAAGUUCUUAUGCUUGUUUGGGAUGACAGAACUUCUGUUCCGGCUUUUAAGAAAGACGGUUUGAUGGGAACACAUGAUCAAGAAACUGCUGAGUAUUUUAAAAACACAAAAGUACAUUGCGUUUUAUGUCCGCGUAACCCUGAUGGCGGAAAAAGCAUAGUUCAAGGUUUUGAAAUUUCAACUAUGUUCACUCAUCACCAAAAGACUAUAGUUGUUGAUGGCCAUCAUGUUGAAGGAUCACAGAAGCGAACCGUUAUCAGUUUCAUAGGUGGUAUUGAUCUGUGUGAUGGGAGAUAUGAUACCAUGGAACACCCUUUGUUUUCAACAUUGAAUACAAUCCAUCAUGAUGAUUUUCAUCAACCAAAUUUCCCAGGUGCUUCUAUUAAGAAAGGCGGUCCUAGAGAACCGUGGCAUGAUAUUCACUGCAAGCUAGAAGGACCUAUUGCAUGGGAUGUGUUGUACAAUUUUGAGCAAAGGUGGGAAAAGCAAGUUGGGAAGGAAUUCUUAUUCCCAAUUGAAUUUCUUGACAGAAUUCUAAUCCACCCUUCUGAUGCAAUGAUAUCAGAAGAAGAUGGAGAUACUUGGAGUGUUCAGUUGUUUAGGUCGAUUGAUGGUGGCGCUGUUUCAAACUUCCCUCAAGCACCGGAUGAAGUUAUUGAAUUAGGCCUUGUUAGUGGGAAAGAUAACAUCAUUGAUAGAAGUAUUCAAGAUGGUUAUAUAAAUGCUAUUCGACAAGCAAAAAACUUCAUCUACAUUGAAAAUCAGUAUUUCCUAGGGAGUUCAUAUGGUUGGCAUGCAAGUGAUAUUAAAGUCGAGGACAUUGGUGCUUUGCAUCUCAUACCAAAGGAGUUGUCAUUGAAGAUUGUUAGCAAAAUUGAAGCUGGAGAAAGGUUUGUUGUGUAUGUGGUGAUUCCAAUGUGGCCAGAAGGUAUACCUGAAAGUGCCUCAGUUCAGUCAAUAUUAGAUUGGCAAAGAAGGACCAUGGAGAUGAUGUAUUCCGACAUUGCUGAUGCCAUAAAAAAGAAGAACAUUGAAGCACACCCUCGCGAUUAUUUGACAUUUUAUUGCCUUGGCAAAAGGGAAAGUAAGAAAGAUGGAGAGUAUACUCCUCCAGAGGAACCGGCGCCUGACAGUGACUAUCAUAGAGCGCAAAAGUCUAGGAGGUUCAUGAUCUAUGUUCAUUCCAAGAUGAUGAUAGUGGAUGAUGAAUACAUAAUGAUUGGUUCAGCAAACAUAAACCAAAGAUCAAUGGAUGGUGGAAGAGACACAGAGAUUGCAAUGGGUGCAUUCCAACCUCAUCAUCUAACAUCCACAUCCACAUCCAAUAUUGGCUCACAAAGACCACAAGGUCAGAUUUAUGGGUUCAGAAGAGCAUUAUGGUAUGAACAUAUUGGAGAUAACAGUGAUGAUUUCGACGAGCCUGAAAGUGUGGAAUGUGUGAAACUUGUGAAUCGUGUUGCCGAGAGGAAUUGGAAAUUAUAUUGUGAUGAUACAUUGGAUGAAAGUGUAAAUACUCACCUUUUGAGGUAUCCUGUUGAAGUUGGUGAAGAUGGAAGUGUAACAUCACUUCCUGGGAUGAAAUAUUUUCCUGAUACAAUGGCUUUGAUUCUUGGUUCAAAAUCUGAUUACCUUCCUCCCAUACUUACCACCUAGCUAGCACAGUGAGUGCUUCACAGACAGAGUUAUUAUUAUCAUAAACAUGUUAUGCGCGCGCAUAUUCAUUCAUUCAUCACAUAACAAACAUGAAAACCUUCCACUUUCAUGAUGUGGCACAGUGAAUACAAGUUUGUACAUUUUACCAAAUGUAGGAUGAAAUAUCCAAAUUCUAAUUAUAUUUCAAAGCAUCUAAUAAUUGGGUUUUUUGCAUUGUA